AUGAAAGAUUGUGUAACACCGGCACCACCUCCGCCACAAUAUCCCUAUUAUUCGCCAACAUAUACUCAUCAUCAAUAUAGAUCGCCAGCAUGGCAUCAUGCACUUUCAUCUCCAUCUCAUCAUUAUGAUUUACCGGCAUUAUCUAGAUCAUCUUAUCGUUAUACACCUACAACACAUUAUUAUCCUUCACAUAUACAUGGUAGAUCUCCUCAAUAUCAAUCGAAUAGUCAUAUUCAAUAUGUUGAAGAUGAUGAAGAUGCACGGUCGGAAGAAGGUGAUGAAUCAGAUUCACCAAAACCAUUUGAUAAAAAAAUGUUUAUCGGUGGACUUUCAUGGCAAACAACACCAGAACAUUUAAAAAAUUAUUUUACUCAAUUCGGUGAAGUAUUAGAAUGUAUGAUUAUGAAAGAUGCGAUUACAAAACGAUCAAGAGGUUUCGGUUUUAUUACAUUUAAAGAAGCAAAUUCGGUUGAUAAUGUUCUAGCUAAAGACAUUCAUAUGUUGGAUGAAAAGCAGAUUGAUCCCAAACCGGCCUAUCCUCGUCAAAAGCAUCCUAAAGUAAGUGAUCGUUGA